AUGACAGCGACAACUACCACCGACUCGAAGGGCUUGACCCAGUUCAAGGAACCCUUCACCUUCGACUCGCUCCUACGCAUCCUCAACAAGGUGCCCUUCUCCACUCCCUUCCUCGGCCUGCUCCCCGUGCUCGCUGUGUACUACCAUAAACACAAAAACCCUUCCCUUGCGCUCCCCACCUCGGCUACCGACGCUUUGCCACUCGUGCGAUCGCUCCUCUUCACCCAGUACAAGUGGACCGGCUACAUCUGGAUCUUCAUCCUCGUCCGAACCAUCAACCGCGCCAUCAACCGCUACGUGCGAAACCACACCGAGUGGAGACGUGAUCCCAUCGACUACACCAAAGACAUCGUCGUCAUCACCGGCGGUUCUCAAGGUAUCGGCAAGGAGAUCGUUCAGCUUCUCAGCCACAAGAAGCGAGCCCAUAUUGCCGUACUCGACAUGGCUCCUCCCGCAUACAUCAAGGCUCCCGCUGGAGCACCCGAGAUUCUCUACUUCAAGACCGACGUCAGCAACCGUGAGCAAGUCGCCGAAGUGGGCGCCAAGAUUCGAGCCGCCUUUGGUGGCAAGAAGGUCGGCGUCCUCAUCAACUGCGCCGGUGUCGCUUCCGGAAACGCCAUUCUCGACGUCGACCUCGACUCGGCUGCUCGAUUGUGGCGCAUCAACACCCUCUCCAACUGGAUCACCGCCAAGGAAUUCGCUCCCGACAUGAUCGCUCGCAACCACGGUCACGUCGUCACUGUCUCUUCCGCAGGAGCCUAUGCCACUCUUCCUUCCAUGUCCGAGUACGCCACUUCCAAAGCCGCCGCGCUUGCGUUCCACGAAUGUCUUGCCAUCGAAUUCCGCACUCGCUACAAUGCUCCUCGCGUUCGAACCACUCUCGUCGCGCCCACCAAAGUCCGUACCGCUCUCGGUGACGGAAUGGAAGACCACGCCGAUCCGUUCUUCACUCCUGUCCUCGAACCCGUCCAGGUCGCAGAAAAGGUCGUUUGGACCCUCGACUCGGGUCUCUCUCAGCACCUGAUGCUUCCCGGUUUCGCCAAUCUCCUGCCUUGGAUCCGUGCCUUGCCCGACUGGUUCCGUCGUCUCUUGGCCAUUUUGGACAACAGCGACAACACGGUCACCGAAAAGAGCAUGUCAAGAGCAAUGAAGAACGGUUACGGAAGCAACUGGGAAGGCGCCGACAAGGAGCUCUACGAUCGUAGGAAGAAGCUCAUGGAAGCUGCCAAAGGAGCAAAGUGA